AUUAGAUGUCAGACUCGAAAUCACUAUCUAUUGUAUUUGAUGAAUUAGCGAAAACAAAACUUUCUUUCCAUACUUUCUCAUCGCAGGCCGAUCAUCAUCACACAGCAUAACUUUUCCACUCGAUAAUCAUGAUUCACAGUUUAUUCAUUGUUAAUUCAAGCGGUGACAUUUUUCUGGAAAAGCAUUGGCGUAGUGUUGUCUCACGUUCCGUAUGUGAUUACUUUUUGGAUGCACAACGAGCCUCACCGAAUGAUGUACCACCUGUCAUACAAACGCCGCACUAUUAUUUGAUCUCGAUUCAGCGUGGAAAUGUAUCAUUGGUUGCGGCUUGUAAACAAGAGACUCAACCACUGUUUGUUAUUGAAUUUUUGCACCGUAUCGUUGAUACGUUUCAAGACUAUUUUGCCGAAUGCUCUGAAUCAAUUAUUAAAGAGAAUUGUGUGGUAGUUUAUGAGCUGCUCGAUGAAAUGCUAGACAAUGGUUUCCCCUUGGCAACUGAAAGCAACAUUCUGAAGGAACUCAUUAAGCCACCGAACAUAUUGCGAACACUAGCCAAUACUGUGACGGGAAAAUCAAAUGUAAGCGGAACACUGCCAUCCGGUCAGCUCAGCGCUAUUCCAUGGCGUCGAAGCAGCGUCAAGUACACAAACAACGAAGCUUAUUUCGAUGUUAUCGAAGAAGUCGAUGCGAUUAUCGAUAAAUCUGGUCAAACUGUUUUUGCGGAGAUUCAAGGAUAUAUUGAUUGUUGUAUAAAACUCUCUGGGAUGCCUGAUUUGACGCUCUCAUUCAUGAAUCCCCGUCUCUUUGACGACGUUUCAUUUCAUCCGUGCGUUCGAUUCAAGCGCUGGGAAUCGGAGCGAAUGCUGUCAUUUGUUCCACCCGAUGGAAAUUUCCGUUUAAUGUCUUACCACAUUGGAUCGCAAAGUGUUGUGGCCAUUCCGAUUUACGUGCGGCAUAGCCUAAUAUUCAAAUCGGGCGAGCAACAAGGGAAAUUAGAUAUAACCGUUGGUCCGAAAACCACAUUGGGUCGAACGAUUGAAGGAGUUAAAUUGGAGAUUUGUAUGCCAAAAUCAGUGACAAAUUGCCUGUUGGUGGUGAACCAAGGCAAAUACACAUUUGACACAGUGCAAAAGAUUCUACAUUGGGAUGUGGGUCGCAUCGAUAGCGCAAAAUUGCCAAAUAUUCGCGGAACAGUAUCGGUUGCGGUUGGUAGCACAAAUCUCGAAACCAAUCCAUCGAUCAACGUUCAGUUCAACAUAUCACAGUUGGCGGUAUCCGGACUUAAGGUGAACCGUUUGGAUAUGUACGGCGAGAAAUAUAAACCAUUCAAAGGUGUCAAAUAUGUAACGAAGGCAGGACGAUUCCAGAUUCGAAUGUGAAAGAGAUGAAAAAAGAGGCAGAGAGAGACAAAACAAGUCGCAAAAAAUGAGAUUCGAUUCAGAUGCAAUCCAAUUCCAAUCAUUUUUAUAUUAUAUGAUAUUCCAAUUAAUUUUAAAAACUGUCCCAUUUUUUUUUCUUUCAAAAUUUUGUGAAAGAAUCAAAUUUUUAUUGCAAACAAGCGAGCAAAUGAGCAAGCAAAAACCAAAAUAAAAAGUAGAAAAAUUGAA